UAUGCGUAGUGAAAUUAAGUAAAAAAUAAAAGCAGAAAAGGUAAAUUAUAUAUGGAUAAAAAGUAGAUACUUAAACUGUAUAUAUAUGUUGGUCAACAUGUGCAGCUUAUUUACUAAUGGUUAUGACAGUUAUAGUGAAAACUGAAUUUUACCAAAUAACUGAUAAAUCAAAACCAUGAUACAAUGAAAUGGUUUACGUAAGGAUUAACCGGAGCGAAGAACUCAUUCUGUGUUUUGUAUAAAGUGACUCAAGAAAAAAGAAACAUCAAUAUACAAAAAGGCAUAUCAACACAUCUUGUGCAUCAAACAGAAUGGAAACGUCGUGUCACAAAAUAAUGAAAUGGGAAAUUUGAUAAGCCAUUUUCAAUCACCGCAAGCUGAUACAGCAGCUGUGGAAUCGAUCUUUUCGGUAAGGACGUCGACUAGUGGCUCUUUUACUGAAGAUUCAGGAACAGAGUCGGCUGGUACAAACAGGCGGAUCAGAGAGGAUUCUGAAACCCGCCGUGGUAGUUUUCCAUCUCAAGGAUAUGAAUCUGGAUCGCUGGCGUCGGUAGAGACAAUCAACGAAGUGGAGAACAAUCAAGUUGUUCAUUAUGGAAUUUCUGAAAGAAAUCAGAGAAAAAUUCAACGGAUGUUCAAACACCUGAAAGACAAUAUCGAUAUUGAUGGAAUUUUGGACCACUUCAUUGAAGAUGGAGAUUUAACCGAAGACGCUCAGGAACAAAUAGUUUACAACAACCCCCGAAGGAAGCAAGUCGAAUUGUUUUUGUUUAAAGUGUUCAGAUUUAAAUCGAACGCGUUCGAUCGAUUCCUAAAAUAUAUUCGAGAGGAUCAAUGUCUUGUCCAUUUAGCCGAUCAGUUACAAAAUUGUGACAAAUUACCAGGUCUUGAAGACAUAAAACUAAAACCACACGAAAUUCGACAUCAAAUUGAACGGUACAAAGAAGAUAUACUGAAGCAAAUAGAGCCAGAAGAAAUUGCAGAAUAUUUAAUUGUAUACGAAGUGUGUGAAAUUAACGAGUACGAACAUGUUGUAAGUCAAAUCAAAACGUCAAAAGAAAAAGGGUUAGCAUUGCUUGAAAUGAUACAAAGACAUCUCCCAAGGAGCUAUCAAGUGUUUCUGGCCGCUCUGAAGGAGUUGAACAGGACAGGACUUUUACAAACAUUGCAAAAACAGCAUGUCGAUACGCCACACAGCCAAAAUGUCACUAGAAAUGGAAUAACAACAAACGUAACAUUUACAAAACAGUCUGAUUUGUCGUCUCUGGUUCAACAGAUCGGAGGUCAUUCUGGCUACAGUUUACGGUGUACAAGGGCAACUCAGUAUGAUGAAGAAGACCUUGUCGAAAACUUCAGAAGCGAAAUAAUUAAGGCAAAGAUAAAUCGUAGGCUUAUACCAAACACACACACAAUGUUGUACGACACAGUCAGUGGAUCGUUGAUGUUCCACCUCAAAUGGACCUCUCAGGCUUGGAGACAACUGAGUGUAGAAAGGUUGAGAGAAGUUCUCGGCAAGGUAGUCAACAUACUUAUGGAAGAGGGAAGCAAAGAAGAUAUCGAAUCACAAACGUGGAAUGUUGAAGUUUGCACAAUACCGAAUGCACUGAAUGUCCGUCCAUCUACAGCAGACCAAAAAAAGGCUCUACAAGUCAUUGCAGAACAUGAAGAAUUCCUUGCAACAGAACUUAAUGGGCUGCGAAUGGCUGAACAAAUGAAAGUAUGUGGUGUACUUUCAAGCGAUGAUGUAUCCGACAUUCAGAGUAAAUUAGACCGAAGGUCAAGAGCGGAGGCUUUUUUGAAUAAAAUAAUCAGCGGGGGGGAAACUGCAGCUGAAGCUUUUCUAGAGCAACUUAAGAAAGCGAGACAUAGGUACCAUUUCAUCACUCGCCAUUUAUGGCCGGAAGAUGAUGACGAUUUAUGUUUGAUGGCAAACAAUAUGGGCGCUUUCUACCAAGCCAUAGUGGAUGGUCUGUCCCCGUUCAUUUUGUCGAAACAUAAACGUGAACUAUGUUUACCAGAAGAGUGUUUUCACAAUGAAGAUGUAAUUGCAACUUCAACGCAAUACAUCAUGGCACAGGACAAUGAAAUAAAACUUCGAUUUCUUCUUGUGCUGUUGGAAGAACAAAUUGUACUCAAUGAUGUGUACACGAGUGUUCGUUCGAAGAUGUCCCAUGACAACACAGAAUGCGAUAAAAGGCCACUGGAAAAGAAUACUCUGCAUUCUGAAACCUCGGCCGGAGUCCAGCUUGGACAAUGUACCGUCGUGAAAGAAAAAGAUACAAAGGAUGCUAACCAAAAAGAAAAAUUCGCUGACACAAUUGGAUAUGAGUCGUUUCUGACCACAAUACGCAGAUAUAUAUUCUGUGGAAGUAAAGAUAGGCUCAAGUCUGAAAGGCUGGAGCCAAAGCAGAUCCCGACUGAUGAUAGUGCUGACAAUGAUAAUGACGUUAAGAUCUUCAGAGGGAGAAAUAACUUACCUGUUGACGAAACAUCGUUUCAAGACGAAGGAUAUUUCACGAUCAAAAUAGAUAAACAAUCAAAACAAGAAAAACUUUGAAUUUAACGUCAGGAAGUAAUCUAUUCGCACCCAUAAGCUCAUUAAAAUUUUAAUCAUUUUCAUUAUCCAGAGCUUAACACGGCUUAAUUGCAACUUGUUACAUUCCAUUGUAUAACAAUUCAUUCUGAUCAUGUUUAUUUAACUCGUGUGAGAAAAUGUUGCUGUUACUACAGAGAUAUUUCUUUCGGAAUAUCGCAAAUUGAUUAUUCAGGAAAAGAAUCAUCUGACAUUGAUUAGAAUAAGGACAUUAACAUGAGAAUUGCAUAAACGAGAAUGUUUAUGAAUGCAACUUUUUAAUAUACAGCAGUUUUCAUAUUGUUACUUGUAAGACACAGAGUUGAAACGGUUUGGAAAGAAGAGAAAAAAGAUGUUGUUGUUUUGUUGUCUGUACCACUGUAUUUCUGUAUAUAUCAGCGCAAGUUAGUCUGGUUUUUGGUCACCAAGCCGGAUUAAGUUAUUUUUUGUUGUUUUUAUGUUUCUGUUGGGGUUCUUUGGUUGCGGGGGAGGAAGGGGGAGGUAAUUCCCCCAUUACCCAAGACCACACCUACAUGUAGCGAUAGUGAUUGAUAUACUGUUGUUACACCUUGUUUUAUAAUCGUUGUAUAAUAUGCAAGUUUAACAUAAUUUUUAAAUAUGAAUAAAUGGAAGAACAGUCCGGUGACAGCGAUAAAUGCACCUGGUGCUGUUUGCCUGUAUUUGCAUUUUGAAAAUCUGUUAACGCAAUCAUCUUAAAUUUUUAUUCAAUGUAACGUUUCAACGGAUUAAACUGAUUUGAGUUUUAUGAAACAGUUCUUGAUAAUAACUGGUUAUGUAACUGAUUCUGUUGAUGAAUUGACAACGUGAAGUACUUCUAUACUUCUGAAAUGGGACGACUCCACGGAUUUACUCAUAUAAUUUCUUAGUGAAUAAAAGAGCUAUGGAAUUUCUUCCAAAAGCUGAUUCCAAGGAACAUAUGAACUGAGGCUAUUGAAUAGCUCCCGGGUGACACUGAGAAAUUAUUCCAGGAAGAAACAAUAUACGAAAUGAAACUGUGAAAGUACUCCCUGUUGACACUUAGAAAUAAUUGAAGAAAGAAACUAUAAUAAUUUUACGGAAUUAAGCUUUUUAAAUUAUCCAGGAGGAAACAAUUCAAGAAUAAAACUGUUUAGGAACUGAGUGUAUGGAAUUACUCAAGGAUGACACUAAGGAAAUAUAUUCAGGAUAGAACUAUACACAGUGAAAGGAGGCUUUUAAUUAAUUAUUACUUUAGAAUUUUGUCAAUGAAAUGAUGCAAUGGGAUUAACCUCGGACUCGUUCGAUUUCUAUUACUUUAGGAUUGUGUCAAUGAAAUGACGAUUUAAAGCUAAUCCCGGAAAUUGCUUAAUGAAAUGACUCUUGCUUGUUAAAUGAUAUGGAUCAGCUGAUCUAGUUCCGUGUUAUAUAAAUACUUGUUUUGUAAAGAGAAUUUCAAGAAUAUUAUUAUUAUUUUUGCGGGGAUAUCGACUGCAUUCCUUUUUAAUUAUUUGUUAAUUAUGUGUUGCGUUGCAGUUCUUUGGGUCUUCCUUUUGUUUGUUGAACCUUGAUCUUUAGGCAUGAUAAAAAUAUUUCUUCACUGUUUAUUUUGUAAAUUCCAUGGUUCUGUACGUAAUAUAAACUUACAUUAUUCUACCAAUCGUUCAUCCCUUUUUUGUGUUAUAUUGGGGUAUGUCGUGUCUUGUCUUUGUAACUUUUUAGCAGAAAGAAUAAUGUCUAAUGGUUUUAUUCAUCAAUGUCAUCCAAAACAAGACGAGUUGUCUAUGUCUUUGUAAUACCUUUUUACAUGCUUUUUGUUUUGUGUUUUGUUACUGUUUAUUCACAAAUGAUUUAUCUGUGAUCUAUAUGUAUUAGGGUCCUUUAUAACUGCAAUAUUGCUUCUUUGUUCAUGUUUUAUACUACUGCAUUUCUCAAUUGACAAAGUUUCUGUGUUAAACAAUCUAUUUAACAUUCUCAAGGUCAUAUGAGCCAUCAUACACGUUAAUAUGUUUAUAAUUUGGUUGACGUUUUUUAUUUAUUUUUCUUUCGUUUUCGAGUGAUUUCUAAAAGUUCUGAGUAUUAUGCAACAAUAAUUUAAAACGCGAUAUAAAGCAAUUAUGUAUGUAUGUAUGUAUUGAUUGUGUGUGUGUUUUUAAUAUUUGUGUUUUAUAUCUGUCUAAUGUGACGAUGAGCUGUAUAUGC